AGGCCCUUGUUGGCCCUCAGGUCUGCAUACAGCCCACCUUGUACCCUGAAGGUGCUUCAGGGCAGAUGCAGCCCCCAGCCUGUCCCCUAUGCCAUCUUCACCCUGGGGGCUCAGUGCCGAUGCUGGCAGCCCGGCAGGAGAGGGUUAACGAAGCUGGGGCCAGCAGGGCUGGGCUGGCCGGUGACAAGGGUGCUGGCUGCCCCAGCAGCGGGUGGGGAAAUCCAGAGGGCAGGAGCAGCUGGCCCCAGCAGACGCCCCCCCUGCUCGCUGCCUGCAGCCUGCUCUGCACUUGGGAUGGCCCCAAGGAAAGGAGGCCUGGCCCUGGCGGUGCUGCUGGUCUCCUGGGCAGCGCUGGGCCCCCGCAGCCUGGAGGGAGUGGAGCCUGGGGUGCCAGCAGACACUGAGGGCCUGCAGUGCCCGGCAGUCUGCGUCUGCGGCCACGACGACUACACAGACGAGCUCAGCGUCUUCUGCAGCUCCCGGAACCUCACCCAGCUGCCCGACGGCAUCCCAGAGGGCGCCAAGGCCCUGUGGCUGGAUGGCAACAACUUCUCUUCCGUCCCCGCGGCGGCCUUCCGGAACCUGUCCAGCCUGGGCUUCCUCAACCUUCAGGGCAGCCAGCUGGCCAGCCUGGAGCCACAGGCGCUCCUGGGCCUGCCAAACCUGUACCAUCUGCACCUGGAGCGGAACCAGCUGCGCAGCCUGGCGGCCCACACCUUCCUGCACACACCGGGCCUGGCCUCGCUCGGCCUCAACAACAACCUGCUAAGCCGGGUGGACGAGGGCCUCUUCCAGGGUCUGGCCCACCUCUGGGACCUCAACCUGGGCUGGAACAGCCUGGCCGUGCUGCCUGACACCGCGUUCCAGGGCCUGGCCAACCUGCGGGAGCUGGUGCUGGCGGGCAACAAGCUGGCCUACCUGCAGCCCUCACUCUUCUGCGGCCUCGGUGAGCUCCGGGAGCUGGACCUGAGCAGGAACGCCCUGCGGAGCGUCAAGGCCAACGUCUUCGUCAAGCUGCCCAAACUCCAGAAGCUCUACCUGGACCACAACCUCAUCGCGGCCGUGGCCCCAGGCGCCUUCCUGGGCCUGAAGGCGCUGCGCUGGCUGGACCUGUCGCACAACCGUGUGGGCAGCCUCCUGGAGGACACCUUCCCGGGCCUGCUGGGCCUGCACGUCCUGCGCCUCUCCCACAAUGCCCUCGCGGGCUUGCGGCCCCGAACCUUCAAAGACCUGCACUUCCUGGAGGAGCUGCAGCUGGGCUACAACCGCAUCCGGCAGUUGCCCGAGAAGGUGUUCGAGGGCCUGGCCCAGCUGGAGGUGCUCGGGCUCAACAACAACCAAAUCCAAGAGAUUAAGGUGGGCGCCUUCCUGGGCCUCUUCAAUGUGGCUGUCAUGAACCUCUCUCGCAACUGCCUGCGGAACCUUCCGGAGCAGGUGUUCCAGGGCCUGGGCAAGCUGCACAGCCUGCACCUGGAGGGCAGCUGCCUGGGCCGAGUCGGCCUGCACACCUUCGCCGGCCUCUCAGGGCUGCGCCGGCUCUUCCUCAAGGACAACAGCAUCACGGCCAUUGACGAGCAGAGCCUGGUGGGGCUAGCCGAGCUCCUCGAGCUGGACCUCACCUCCAACCAGCUCACACACCUGCCCGCCCGGCUCUUCCAGGGCCUCGGCAAGCUGGAGUAUCUCCUCCUCUCCCGGAACCGGCUGUCGGCGCUCUCGGCGGAAGUCCUGGGGCCCCUGCAGCGCACCUUCUGGCUGGACGUCUCCCACAACCGCCUGGAGGCGCUGCCUGAGGGCGUGCUCUCCCCCCUGGGGCGGCUGCGCUACCUCAGCCUCCGGAACAACUCGCUGCGGACCUUUGUGCCCGAGCCACCUGGCCUGGAGCGCCUGUGGCUUGAGGGCAACCCCUGGGACUGCGGCUGCCCCCUCAAGGCCCUGAGGGCCUUGGCCCUGCAGCACCCCAGCAUCGUGCCCCGCUUUGUCCGGGCCAUGGCGGAGGGGGACGAUGACCGCCAGCCGCCUGCCUACACCUACAACAACAUCACCUGUGCCAGCCCCGCCAGCGUCUCAGGCCUCGACCUGCGUGACAUCAGCGAAGACCACUUUGCUCGCUGCUGACCUGAGGCUGCCCAGGCCGGACACCACCCCAUUCACCUGCCGGGGCCCCAGCCCCAGGGGACAGUCUUGGGGAUUUGCCAGCACAGGCUCUGGACCUGUGGCCACCAGCCUGGUCCCUGAGGGCCUGACCAGGAGGGUCAGGGACACGGCCACCACAAAGGCCCAUAGCCCUCCCCAGCUGUCAACAAUUAAAAGCAGCCUAAUAAACAUGCCGUGUG